CAAUAUUUUUCUCGGACAAGAAAGCAUUAAAGUUCAUGAAGUCUGGAGGUUUUUGCUACGUUUUUUUGUAGUGAUUGUGAAAUAUUUUAAAAACUAUAGUUCGGAUAUUUUCGUUUUCAAAGUUAUUUAAGAGAUUGAGUUGAAAAAAAUUUUCACAGUCGGUUUCGGCAGCUCAUGAGUCAUCGAGACGGUGCAGAGCUUGAUCACAUUACAGUAAAGAUUCAUAAUAUGAAACGUAGCGCAUCGCGCGAUUCACCAUCUAGAACAAGUGUUAUUGGAAGAACAUCUCGUAGUCGUUCAGAAAUGGGACGUGGUUAUGAUAAUGGCAGUGGAGUUCCAGGAGAUUCCCCUGAACGGAUGUCGCCCGAUAGAUUACGGCGUAGAAUUGGUAGAUCACCUUCACCACGUAGUCGGUAUGGUGUAUCUCCACAUCAUGAUGAAUAUUUGCGUGCUCCACCAGUUUCGGAUCGUCCAACAUAUAAAGUGUUAUGCGUUAGUGCAUUACAUCCUAAAGCAUCUGAUGAAUUUAUAAAGGAAACACUUUACCGUGAAUAUAAAAAAUUUGGUGAUUUUAGUAUACGAAUUUCACAUGAUCUUGAUGAGCGCGUAGCUUAUGUGUGUUUUAGAACACCGGAAGAUGCUCGUGAAGCUAAGCAUCAUAAGCCACGUAUAGUGUUAUAUGAUAAAAUUGCAUUAGUUGAGCCAGUUUAUGAAUCAUCAUCACGGAAUGAGUACAGACCCAGAGGAAGAUCUAUUACACCACCAGAUUAUGAACGUUAUCAUUAUCCACGUUCACCUAUGGGUCCAGGUGGUCCCAUCGAGCAUCGUCGACCACCACUAGAUCCUUAUGAAAGGUAUGGUCCUCCACCGCCGAUGCAUCCACAUGGACAUGCUCGUGAAUAUCGUGGCCCUAUGCAUCAUGAAUAUCCACUUCCGCCACGUGGACCACCAAUGCAUCGCGUACCACCACAUUUGCAUGGUCCACCACCACCACACUCUUAUGGUCCUGGUCCGAUAAGACAUAUGGGACCACGUCCUCAUCACGUACCAUAUGAAAAGUCUGAAAGUAAGAAAGACAAAUUUCCAAAUUAUUUGCACCAUGUACAACCAGAAGAUGAUCCGCUUGCAACGCGUACUCUAUUUGCGGGAAAUCUCGAAGUAAAUAUAUCUGAUGAAGAACUACGUCGUAUUUUUGGCAAGUAUGGUAUUGUCGAUGAUAUCGAUAUAAAACGUCCUCCACCGGGUACUGGCAAUGCUUUCGCAUUUGUACGUUAUCAAAAUUUAGAUAUGGCUCAUAGAGCAAAAUUAGAACUUUCUGGUCAAUACAUUGGUAAAUUUCAAUGUAAAAUUGGGUACGGUAAAGUAACGCCAGCAACACGUAUUUGGAUUGGAGGUUUGGGUGCUUGGACAUCAGUUACACAAUUGGAACGUGAAUUUGAUCGUUUCGGUGCAAUUAAGAAAAUUGAGUACCAGAAAGGUGAUACGUCCGCUUAUAUACAAUAUGAAACUGUAGAAGCAGCAACAGCAGCAGUAAAAGAAAUGCGUGGUUUUCCACUAGGUGGACCUGAAAGACGUCUACGCACUGAUUUCGCUGAACUUCCUGGAGCUCCGGCAGCAACAUUUAAAACAAAGCCAACAUAUGAAGAAGCAGCAGCUGAAUAUAGACGUCCCGAAUAUGAUUAUCAUUACGAGGAAGUACCACAUUAUGCACCACGUGGUGGCUAUAUGCCAUAUCCGCCAAGAGGUGGAUAUAGAGGACGUGGUGGUUAUCGUGGUCGUGGACGUAGUAGUUAUCAUACAACUUAUCACAAUGAUGUUCAUCGCCCUGUACAUCCAAGUAGUUCAUCUGCCAUUCCACCACCAGCAGGUGCCGAAGAAGAAUGGCGUCGUCCACCUGGUGCAAUGGAAGCAUAUGAUCGCCCACGUUCCACAUCACGAGAGCCUGGCAUAGAACGUUCACGCUCACGCUCACCACGUAAACGUGGCCAUUCACCAGAAUCAGAAUCUGAAGAUUCUCCACAUCAAAAUGGUGCACUAAAUUUAGCACGUACACUUCCUGAUAUUGCACGCAAAUGCACUAUAAUCUGGCAAGGAGCACUUAUACUUAAAAGUUCACUAUUUCCAGCUAAAUUUCAUUUAACAGAUGGUGAUGCCGAUAUUGUGGAAUCGCUAAUGCGCGACGAAGAGGGUAAACAUAAUUUACGCAUAACUCAACGUUUACGUCUUGAUCCGCCAAAGUUGGAGGAUGUACAAAAACGCAUCACAUCAUCGUCUUCCCAUGCAAUAUUUCUUGGCUUGCCAUCAUCUGCAAAUCCAGUUAUAUCUGAUGACUCUAGUGUACAGACUAGACCGCUAAGAAAUUUGGUAUCUUAUUUAAAACAAAAAGAAGCUGCUGGCGUCAUAUCUUUAUUAAAUAAAGUAACUGAAGCCACAGGAGUACUGUAUGCUUUCCCACCAUGUGACUUUUCUACUGAGUUAUUAAAGCGCACUUGUCACAGUGUUAGCGAGGAGGGACUCAAAGACGAUCAUUUAGUUGUCGUCGUAGUACGCGGUGGAACUGCUUAAAAACUGACUAAGGGAGUAAUAAAUAUGCAAUUUUAAGAAUUUCGUAAACGUAUUGUUGCGCCCAGCAAAAUAGAUUUGUAAAACAUAGAUAUUAAGUUUAAGGAAACAUAAAGUAUAUGUAAGUAUAAGUGCGUGCAAGCAGUCAAAGCUGUGGAUUCGCAACGAAAGAAGAAGUUAGAUAUAAUACAAAUGUAUUUAUAUGUUUAUAUUUUAUGAUCGAUGAGAUCUUAAAGUGAAAUGAAACGUUUAUGUGAAAUAUUAUCAAUAUGCAUAACAUAAGAAAAUGUUACUGAUAAGUUACUACGCCGCAGUUCGUCAGUGCAGAUUUUUAAGAACAGAAUGAAUAUGUAUCUAUCUAAUGAUAUGCAAAAGUAAAAGAUUUUUAAUGUUUAAUUAAUGUUAAAUUAGCAGAAAGCAAAAUUAAUGGCAUAGUGCUUGUUAUUGAUUGUAACAUAUAUGUGCGGAGUGGCGUGUGAUGUAAGUUGGUAUAAAAGUUUCUAAAUUAAAACAAAAUUAAAAUUAA